GAGAUCCAAAAUCCGUCGGGGCGCAUAGAGAUUGUUCGAGAGGUUUUCUCUUCUCCCUUUCAGGCCGAGCGCGAACGCGAGCAUGUGUCCCGGAGGCAGGUACGCGGGCCUCGACGUCCCCGCCGCUUGCGGCCCCGGCGACCUGCGCCCGGCGUUCGACGUGCUGGACGUGGACCGCGACGGCCGCAUCAGCCGGGAGGACCUCAAGUCCUUCUACGCCGGAGCGGCCACCAGCGAGCGGUUCGACGACGAGGACAUCGCCGCCAUGAUCGCCGCCGCCGACGCCGACAACGACGGGUUCGUGCAGUACGACGAGUUCGAGCGCCUGCUGGGGCGCGCCGCCGCGGGAGCCGGGUGCCGGCCCGCGAUGGAGGACGUGCUCCGGAUGAUGGACCGCGACGGGGACGGCAAGGUGGGGUUCGAUGACCUUAAGGCGUACCUUGGCUGGGCCGGGAUGCCGGCGGCAGACGAGGAGAUCCGCGCCAUGAUACGCGUGGCCGGCGGCGGCGACGGUGACGGUUGCGUGGGGCUCGAGGAGCUCGCCGUCGUCCUCGGCUGCUCGCCCAAAAAUUGGAACGGAUCCUCUCUAACUCUGCAUUGAUUGGAGACUUUCUUUUUUUGGCUGGUUAGUGAACGCUGGUAACGUGGCGAUGUGAUUGUUGAGCUAUUCUCGAGAAACGUGAUGGUUGUUUGUAUCGUAAUUGCUCCUGAAAAUAGGAGUAUUAAAAAGCCCCCGAUGCAGCUUUUGUGAAAAAAAAAAUAGUUAAAAGUUUUGUUUUAUACUCGUUUGAUUGGUGUGAGAUGGGGAUAGGUUCUAUUUUUCUUCUCAAUCUGAACGGAGAAAAUUGUGAAAGAUCAUUGCGAAAGACGGAAAGAGGAGGAACCCCAUUCUAUU